AUGAGGAUAGUGAUAGAGGUGGAUGUGAGUGCGGAGGAGAUUCCUCUCGCGACGCAUCUAUUCAGCGCCCUCAGGGCAAUUGCGGACGAUGUGCGCGCGCGCAAUUUGCGCCCCGUGUUCGAGGCGCUGAUUGCGCGCCUGCGCGACCCCGCGGAACUUGAUUCGGUUGCGCGGGACGUGCGCACGCUGCUGGGGGAAGGCGCAGGAGUGGGGGAAUCAGGGGAGAAAGGGGGCGUGCGGGGAAGUGGGGGCGGGAGCAAGAGCGGAAGCGGAAACGGGGAAGAGAAAGAAGGGGCCGCGGAUGGGGCGAAGGCCAAUGAGGACCCCCUGGAUGCGUUCGUGGCAGCGUUCCUGCACGUGGUGUUUGAAACAGACCUGCUGGCUCAGAAGAUCAGCGUUGUGCCCUUCAUGCGUCUAGUGCCCAGUGCGGUGAGUGUGGCAGCGUUCCUGCACGUGGUGUUUGAGACGGACCUGCUCGCUCAGAAGCUCAGCGUCGUGCCCUUCAUGCGCCCCGUGCCAUGGUUACCCGACACGGCAAAGGUCAAGAUGAGAGACACGCUUAUCCCCAAGAUCCUCAAGUUCCUGACGAUAAAGCGGCCGCCCGACGCCAGCCGGGCGGAGUUCUUUGUCCAUGCUGAGGCGUUUGCCGCCCUCGUGCACCUCGAGUUUGUCUCCAUUCAGGGCGCCGUCACCACCAUCCUCACAUUGCUGCGCAAGCCAGACAACCGCUGUGCUGCAGUGACCAUGCUGGGGAAGACUGUCGAGCUCUGCGCUCCCCAGCUAGUGGCUCAGGGCGACCCGGGAAAAAUGGAGGAGUUGAGGAAAGCAGUCCUGGGACUCAAGGAAGAGGCUUUCUGUCGACUCAAAACUGGAGGAGCUGCGGAAAGCAGUUUUGGGACUCAAGGAAGAGGCUUUGUGGUGAGAGGGGGAGGGAAGAAAAGGGGUGGGGGUGAGGGGGGGUAUGGGUAUUUGGUGCCAUCUCACCAACACCCACCGCCUCUGCCGCUCCCAUCCUCCCCUCCCAUCCUCCCCUCCCAUCCUCCCCUCCCAUCCUCCCCUCCCAUCCUCCCCUCCCAUCCUCCCCUCCCAUCCUCCCUCUCUCCAUCCAGCUACGAUGUCAAUUACGUGAGGGACAGCCUCGGUUGGACAGACAACCCAAUCGCCACCUCUCCUGCUCCUGCCGCUACAGCCGCUCCUCCCGCCAUUCCCCCUGCUACAGCCGCACUUUCUGCCGGUGCUGCCGCUACAGCCGCUCUGGCAGCAGCAGGAUCCUCCCCUGCUCCCCUUUCCGCCCCCCUUCCCCCAUCUCACGCCCCCCUUCCUCCCUCUCAGGCCCCGCUCCCCCCGCCUCAGCCUCCCCUGCCCCUAGCCCAGCCUUCCACACAGUCCCCUAUGGCUGUUACCGCCCCUGCUCCCCUCAACCCUCCUGUGUCAACAACCCAUCAGAUGCAAAGGCAGGGGCUGGGGCAGGGGCAGGGGCAGGGGCAGGGGCAGGGGCAGGGGCAGGGGCAGGCAGCAGCAGCAGCAGCAGCAGCACCACCACCACCAGCAGCAGUGGCGCCACAACCACCACCCGCACUAGCAGCAGGAGCAGGAGGAGCAGGAGGAGCAGGAGGAGCAGGAGGAGGAGGUGGUGAGGUGAAGGGCAGCGGGGCAACAGAUCCCAUGCAAUCCUCUCCAUCGCAGUCCACCGUUCCCGCUGGGGGGCUUUGGCUAGCCAUGCUGGUCCCGCUCGACUCCUACCACGGGCAUCAGCACACCAUCCUGGCAGGGGGGGUGUGGGACGGCAGCAGCGACCAUACACACAAUCAUUUCAACCCAUCUCCACGCCUUGUUCAUACGUGUCUCCCCAUACUCACAGCCAUGGUGGUCCCCAUGGACUUCUACCAUGGGCAUCAGCACACCAUCCUGGCAGUGGGGGUGGAUGGCAGCAGCGGGGCGACCAUGCACGUGUAUCACCCACCUCAUCCCUGCUCCCUGCCCCCUGUGUUUGCCUCCCGUGCUCGUCGUCUCUUCCUAUCAGCCAUGCUGGUCCCCCUCGACUCCUACCACGGGCAUCAGCACACCAUCCUGGCAGUGGGGGUGGACGGCAGCAGCGGGGCCACGUGGAGUGCAGCCAUGGACGGGAGUCUCAUCAUGUGGGGGGGUGAUGGCAAGGGUGCGUCUACGUUUGUGGUCUACCCAAUCUGUGGAACUCUGAUACCCGUCUGCCUCUGCUUGCUUCUUAUCCCCUUCCCUCCCUUCUCCCCUUCCCUCCCUUCUCCCCUUCCCUCCCUUCUCCCCUCUUCCUCCUCCCCCUCCCAAAUGCAGCCACGGAUCGCACUACGUCCCCGUCAGUCUCUCCUGCUCGGAUCGCACUACGUGUGUGGCAUGGAUGGACCUCCUUUACUCUCCCUCCUGUCUGACUUCGACCUGUGUUCUCCUCUUCUACUCCCCUCCCCACUCCAUGCAGCCCCGUCAGUCUCUCCUCCUCGGUUCGCACUAUGUGUGUGGCAUGGACCUCCUCUAUACACCGGUCUCCCUGCUCCUCGCAGCUGCACCAAGGGUGAGUGA